AUGGAAAAUACUGUGACAAGCCAUUUCAAUGUCGAUAAGGAGGAAUAUAUUAGACUUGUACUACAAUCACUCAAAGACCUUGAUUUAUCCAGCAGCUUCAAUUGCCUAUCACAAGAAUCCGGCGUGGAGUUGGAAUCUGAUACCGUCACUCAAUUACGCUCUUCUAUUUUACAAGGCAAUUGGUCCACUGCCGUUCAUUUAAUCGAUAAACUCAAUGUGGACCACUAUGAAGCACUGAAUUCAAAGAUUAUUCUUAAUAAGCAGCAUUAUCUUGAAUCUUUGGAAUGCGGCGAUGAUAAAUCCGCUAUUAAUAUCCUCCGACAUUCUUUGGUUCCACUAAUUCAGUCUGAUCCAUGUCAAGUUCAGUUAUUGUCGAGUUGGCUCAUGUGUAGCUCACCCGCAGAAUUACGUCAAAGAGCCCAUUGGGAUGGUUCAAAUAUGACAUCACGAUCAAAGCUACUCGAUAGCUUACAAUCUUACAUAAAACCUUCAAUUAUGCUACCACAAAGCAGACUUUUCAAUCUACUCAACCAAGCAAAGCUUUAUCAAUCACGUAAUAACCGUUAUAGCAGCAUACAUGACGAAAAUCUAAACUUCUCUCUCUUAAAUGAUUACCAUCAGGACAACUCAACGUUCCCAAAUUUCAACUCUCUCACUGUCAAAGCACACUUUGAUGAAAUCUGGCAUUGUUGCUUUAGUCACAACGGUAAUUAUCUUGCAACGUCAUCUCGUGAUAAAUCUGUUGUCAUUUGGGAGGUUGAUGUUGUUCGGCAGAUCUUCAGAAAGUCUUUGACUAUCUUAAAUCAUGACGAAGAUAUAAGUGCUAUCUCUUGGUCUAAUGAUGAUACUAUACUCCUCACUGCUGCGGAGGAGACUAUAUACAUUCAUCAUACUGUAACUGGCAAUAGUAUCAACAGCUAUCAAGGCGCUCAUGAGCAUGAUGAGACUAUCUCAAGCCUAUUGUGGGUAAACGAUGACUCUAAAUUCUACUCAACCGGGCUUGAUCAGAAGGUUAUUGAAUGGAGUCACAACGGCGCAGUGCUGCACAAGUGGAAUGACCUACCCAUACGCAUAAUGGACGCUGCUCUUACACCAGAUCAGACAAAGCUUGUAGUCGCUGGUCCUGACGGUCCUCAGCCGACUGUUGGACAAGAUGGCACGUUAAGUUACAAUGAGGAGAUGCGUCAUCUAAUGGUGUAUGACACUGAAUCAAGAACUUGUUUGUGGCAAGUCGAGAUGAAGAAUGAAAUAUCGUCUCUCAAAGUAUCUUCUGACUCCACCAAAGUAAUUGUCAACUACGCGCCUGAUGAGAUACAAAUAUGGAGUCUGACAGACCAAUGUCUGCUCAAGAAGCUCUUCGGCCACAAGCAAUCUAAACAUGUAAUUAAGUCGUCUUUUGGAGGGUUGGACGAGGGCUUUGUUUUGAGCGGUAGCGAGGAUGCUGCCAUCUAUGUAUGGCAUCUUCAAUCAGGAGAACUCAUGGAGAUACUCAAAGGACACGAGAAAGGUUGCGUAAACUCAGUAGCGUGGUCACCGACAAUGCCGUUGAUAUGUUCUGUCGGCGAUGAUCGCACAAUACGUAUGUGGUCAACAAGGACAUCUUCCAGCAAGCAUACAGAGCUCAACCUGCUAGAAAACGAAGGCGAUGAGGGCUCCAUGCAUGGUAUCGAAGGUGGCGUGGAAGUUGACGAUGAGGAGGUAGACGAAGCUAUCGAUGAGGUCGAUUAUCACAUAGCUGAUCAGUAG